AUGCUAUACAACCUGGGAGACAUGAAUCCUUCCACGGAACAAUCCGUUCUCAAAAAUAAAAUCAAACUCCUCCUAAAACCCAAGAUGAAAGAGAUCCUGCCUUUGAUGGAUAUGCCGGAAAUAGAAAGUGAGACUGAAUCUGAUAGCGUUGCAGAGGAUAACGACGGUGAUGACGAGGAGGAGAAUGAUGAUCGGGAGAUAACAACCUCCAACACUUCCAACACGGAAGUAGUUCGACGUUUACGAGCGAGUCAGCUGACUGUGGAGGAUUCAGUACAGAGACCGAUGAAACUGAGACCUGCUGUGUCAGCCAUUAUGCGUCGAGUGUUUGCCAUCUCUGACCUCCAUGUUGACUACAAAGAGAACAUGGACAUUAUCCAGCAAUGGUCGCCCAUGGACUACGAGAAUGAUGCACUGAUAGUAGCUGGCGACGUCACAGACUCGCUGCCACUUCUUCAACAAACACUGCAACAUCUGCAGCAAGUCUUCUUCAGGGUCUACUACGUUCCGGGGAACCAUGAGCUAUGGAUUAGGAAGCCUGAGCAGGAGAAAGAUUCAAUCACUAAAUUCCACCAAAUAAUCACGAUGUGCAAGGAGAUGGGGGUCGUGACCGAGCCGGAGUCAUUGUGUGUAUCCAAUAUGGCCGCAGUGUGGAUUGUGCCACUCUUCUCCUGGUACUCAACUCCAGAGGAAGACUCGGAAGACUCGCUCUACAUCAAACCACAGAACCCAGUGGGUGAAGACAAGUCACACAACAUGUGGAUGGACAAUCAUUUGUGUAUUUGGCCAAGUUUCGAAGGAACACGAUCCAAAUAUUUUGCCAAUCUAAAUUCACAGACGUGUAUGAAACAAUACACAGACCCUGUCCUCUCGUUCAGCCAUUUUCUACCAAGAACAGAUCUCGUCAAGCCUUCAGAUAAAGAACUUGCAGAAAUUGAAACGGAAAGGAAAAGACUUGGACUUGAGAGCGCUGUCGAAGCAAACAAGAAAGGUCAUAUAAAUCCACGAUCUUUCAACUUCACCCGCUAUGCUGGGUGCAAGGUGCUAGAAGCACAGAUUCGGCAGAUAGGUUCGUCCGUCCAUGUUUUUGGCCAUCAGCAUAGGAACAAGGACCGGAGAGUGGAUGGAGUGCGCUACGUGUCUCACUGCCUGGGAUACAAGAGGGAGAGGGCGGCUGGACUUGUUACCGGAAUUGAAGACUGUGCCCCGAAACAGAUAUGGCCGGACAUUGUAUAGUGUUUAGAUGCUGAUUGUUGACUUUUGACAUUUCGAUACAGGUUGUUGUGAUGCUAGUCUUGCCAACCGUAACCAUGGGAGCACCAGUGGCUAUUAUGAGUUAUGUCCCUCCUACUGACCAAUCAGAUUCCACCUCUCAUAUCACUUGCAUUCAAACAAAAUGGCAGCGCCCAGUGAAGACGAUCUGAUCAAUAAUCAAGAUCUUUAUUGUAUUAAAAUGGGUCUCACUUAGCAAAGCGCACCAAAUCACUUGAGCACCUUCAUUAAAAACAUGAAAAAAUUGGGAAAAUAUAUGUUGACACUAAAUUGACGGUACACGUUUUGCAAAUCCUGCUGGUGACCAAAAUCUGUAUGGCAGUUUACAAACCAGAUGGCAGUUUCGUUACUUGUUAGUCCAGCCAAAAUAUAACUCCAUAAUCAGCCUUGUUUGGCAAGGAUGGAAACUGGACUUUCAGGUAACUCCCUUGCCUCAGGAAGAUGAUCCAGAGUUCGAUUUAAGGAAUUAUUUAUCUUGCACCAGAAGCAUGUUGACAUGAAAACCAAGUUGCACUAAACAAAACCAGGCUGACCCUGGUCCUAUAAAUUUAUCAAAGUUUAAAUUGUAACAGACCAGCCUUCUGCCAGUGUCACAUAAAUUAAUGCCGCAUUGCUGCAAAACAUGACAGGAACGUGCACAUGAUCUUGAAGUACCCACAGAUUGAUGACAUCAUGCCAAGAAAGCUUGACAAAUUACAGGUGACUCAGGGAUCAGUGAUGUAGUAUGGUAAAUAAACUUUAGAGGUAUUGAGUGUGUUCAAAGAUAGGUUUUGUGUGGAGUUAGUCACACAAAUUUGAUAUUUUUUUACAUAAAUAUUAGCUUGCUCUUGUGCAUGUUUUAUACAACUAAAUCGAGCCCUGACAUGUACACACACAAACACAUAUACAAAGAAGGAAGAUUUUUAUCAACAUCAAAGUUUGGAACUGCUCCAAAUGAGAGUUAUGUCAUUAUUUAAAGUCCUACCAUGUGAUGGCCACGUGUGAAAAAAACAACAUACGAGGCUGCUGGCCGAUCUUGACAGACAUCUUGAUGUCAAAAUGUUUGAGGUGACAUCGCUUGUCACAGCUGCCUUUGUAGCCCCAGUUACCAAACAGAACUAUAUUGUAACUCCUAUUCUAAGCAAUUGUUGAAUGUUAUAGAUGUGAAUGCUGUGAUGUGAAUAAUAAUCGUAGUUGACCAUGUACAGGUAUGUGUAGUCUGUUGCCACUUUGUUCAUACCCAGGUUUGUUUGUUUGUUUGUUGCUGCACACGGCAAUAUUCCACCAAUAUUAUGGCGGUCUGUAAGUUAUCAAGUCCGGACUAAAUCUAGUGAUUGAUAUCAUGAGCAUCGAUGUAAUUGAGAUACGGUGACAUGCAUCAACCAAAUCAUUGAGCCUGACCAUCCAAUCCCGUUAGUCGCCUCUUACGACAAGCAUGGGUUUCUGAAGAGCUAUUCUACUGUUACAGCUGAUUAGACGCCAACGUGGGGUUGUGAUCGGUUUUUAUUCAGAUUCAGAGAUGUUGACAUGGAGAAAUGUUGAAAUGUAGAAAUGAAGAAAUGAAUGGCCCUAUUUGUGGAAUUGAGCCAUGUAAUUAACUGUGGUGACUCACGCUGGAUGACCAUAGAUUGCCUGUUGAACCCUGCCACCACCUUGUUGUUGCCUCUUGUGCUGUUCUGUGCUUGUGAGGUGGUUAGAUUGCUGCAAAAAAGACUAUCUUAGUUUUGAAAUUAGCCAAUGAGAAGCUAAGAAUUAGGGUCAGGUGAUAAACAACUUUCAUCCUGGAUGCAGAAUGAGACAAUACUCUUGAUCCAGCAUAUACUUUACAUAACUCUGAUGUCAUAACCAUUCAGAUGAAUGAAAUGUCAUCUGUGGGACGACUCCACGCCCUGUAACACUAUCAUACCCAGGUUGUGGUAGAAUGACCUCAAAAGAGGUCAAAGAACACCUCAUUCUUUCAUAUUACUAGAAUCAGAUGGUCUUUAUCUUCUUUUGAGUAGCAUAUAUAACUUUAUUUCCCCUUACAUGAGUCUUUCUGUGCAAUAAAAUAAUGUCAAAGAAA